AUGCUUCUGGCGCGGAUGAAGCCGCAGGUGCAGCCCGAGAACAGCGGGGCGGACCAGGGGCCCGAGCAGCCUGUGCAAGGGCGCAAAGCCGCCGAGCUGUUGGUGGUGAAAGAGCGCAACGGCGUCCAGUGUCUCCUGGCGUCCGGCGCGGACGACGAGCAGCCCCGGGAGACCUGGGGCAAGAAGAUCGACUUCCUGCUGUCGGUGAUAGGCUUCGCGGUGGACCUGGCCAACGUGUGGCGCUUCCCCUACCUCUGCUACAAGAACGGUGGUGGUGCCUUUCUGAUCCCAUACACCCUGUUCCUUAUCAUCGCCGGGAUGCCUCUGUUCUACAUGGAGCUGGCCCUGGGCCAGUACAACCGAGAAGGGGCAGCCACAGUGUGGAAGAUCUGCCCAUUCUUCAAAGGAGUGGGCUACGCCGUGAUCCUCAUCGCCAUCUACGUUGGCUUCUACUACAACGUCAUCAUUGCCUGGUCGCUCUACUACCUCUUCUCCUCCUUCACCCUCAAACUGCCCUGGACUGACUGCGGCCAUUCCUGGAACAGCCCCAACUGCACUGACCCCAAGCUCCUCAAUAGCUCCAUGCUGGGCAACCACACCAAGUACUCCAAGUACAAGUUCACGCCCGCAGCGGAGUUCUAUGAGCGUGGCGUCCUGCACCUGCACGAGAGCAGCGGGAUCCAUGACAUCGGCCUGCCCCAGUGGCAACUCUCACUCUGUCUGAUGGUCGUCGUGGUCAUCCUGUUUUUUAGCCUCUGGAAAGGAGUGAAGACAUCAGGAAAGGUGGUGUGGAUCACGGCCACGCUGCCCUACCUCGUGCUCUUCGUGCUCCUGGUCCACGGCGUCACGCUGCCCGGCGCCUCCAACGGUAUCAACGCCUACCUGCACAUCGACUUCUACCGCCUAAAAGAGGCCACGGUAUGGAUCGAUGCGGCAACUCAGAUCUUUUUUUCCUUGGGGGCCGGAUUUGGAGUCCUGAUUGCGUUUGCCAGUUACAACAAAUUUGACAACAACUGCUACAGGGACGCCCUGCUCACCAGCACCAUCAACUGUGUCACCAGCUUCAUCUCUGGGUUUGCCAUCUUUUCCAUCCUCGGUUACAUGGCCCACGAACACAAGGUCAACAUUGAGGACGUGGCCACUGAAGGAGCUGGCCUGGUUUUCAUCUUGUACCCAGAAGCCAUUUCCACCCUGUCGGGAUCCACAUUCUGGGCCGUCGUGUUCUUCAUCAUGCUCCUGGCUCUGGGAAUUGACAGCUCAAUGGGAGGCAUGGAGGCCGUCAUCACGGGCCUGGCGGACGACUUCCAGAUCCUGAAGAGACACCGGAAGCUCUUCACAUUUGGUGUCACCUUUGGAACCUUCCUUCUGGCCCUGUUUUGCAUAACCAAGGGUGGGAUGUACGUGCUGACCCUGCUGGACACCUUCGCGGCGGGGACUUCCAUUCUGUUUGCUGUGCUCAUGGAAGCCAUCGGCGUCUCCUGGUUCUACGGUGUGGACAGGUUCAGCAACGACAUCCAACAGAUGAUGGGGUUCAAGCCGGGCCUCUACUGGAGACUGUGCUGGAAGUUUGUCAGCCCCGCCUUCCUCCUGUUUGUGGUGGUGGUGAGCGUCGUCAACUUCAAGCCGCUCAACUAUGACGACUACGUCUUCCCGCUCUGGGCCAACUGGGUCGGGUGGGGCAUCGCGCUCUCCUCCAUGGUGCUCGUGCCCACCUACAGCAUCUACAAGUUCUUCAGCAUACGGGGCUCCCUCCGGGAGAGACUGGCCUACGGCAUCACCCCGGAGAACGAGCAUCACCUGGUGGCCCAGAGGGACGUCAGACAGUUCCAACUACGGCACUGGCUGGCCAUCUGACCCGGCCCCAGGGAGGAGCCCUGCCGCGCCCGCGUCCAGG